AUGGCGUCCCAAUUACAGGAGAAGUUACAAGCCGAGGUGACCAAGUACCAGCAGAUCCAGAAAGAUAUCAGCACUAGUAUGUCUGCCCGGCAGAAACUAGAGGCUCAGGUCACCGAGAACAACAUCGUGAAAGAGGAGUUGUGUUUGUUGGAUGAUAGUAACAUGGUGUAUAAACUGAUCGGGCCGGUGCUGGUAAAGCAGGACCUGGAUGAAGCCAAAUCCACAGUGGAAAAGAGAUUGCAGUAUAUAAACGGAGAAAGUAAACGAUAUGAGACCAUACUGAAGGACUUGGAACAGAAGUCAGAACAGCAGCGGGCCUCCCUCACUAAACUGCAGCAGGAGUACCAGCGGACACAGAUGAAGGGACCAGUGAAGGCCUAA